AUCCUUGUUUUACCGACCUUUCUACCAAUCGCGACAUUCUCGCCGAUACCAGCUCCAGGAGCGACCACCCAGGAUACCUUGUUCAUAAGCUAGAUCUCAUAUCCUAUCUUUGUUUUAUUCCGUCUAUGUCGCGUCUCUCUCGGUCAUGACCACGGCAGCAAGUGAACGGCCGUCUCAGGAAGGCUCCUCGUCCCAAGGAACUCUCGAUGCUCAGCCAAAGAAAGAGAAGAUGCAAUGGCUGAGCCCGCAAGUGUCUUCGUACUUUAUUGCGGGAGGGUGUGCUGGUGCUGCGUCGCGGACUGUUGUCAGUCCUUUGGAAAGAUUGAAGAUCAUCCAACAAGUUCAGGCGCAGAAUAGUGACAAGCAGUACAAGGGGGUAUGGAGGAGUCUGGUACGGAUGUGGAAAGAGGAGGGCUUCAGAGGCUUCAUGAGGGGUAACGGGAUCAACUGCUUGAGGAUCGUCCCUUACAGUGCCGUGCAAUUCACGACGUAUGAACAGAUAAAGAAGUUUUUUACGCGGAACGGUACUGCGACGCUGGAUACUCCGAAGCGUCUGACGGCUGGAGCUCUGGCCGGCAUUACUUCUGUCUGUGCGACAUACCCCUUGGACCUCGUUCGUUCCCGCCUGGCCAUCGUGACCGCGUCCGUAAACCUGUCCUCUCAAGCUCCACAAGUUUCGAGCGCGGCCGCGACGCCCUCUCUGACGUCGGGUUAUCACACGUCGUCGAUAUCCUCACCGCCGAAACUGAGUAUGUGGACCAUGACGCUGCAGAUUGUACGGGAAGAAGGUGGAAUCCGCGCACUCUACCGUGGCAUGGUCACGACGGCUGUCGGGGUUGCACCGUACGUGGGGAUCAAUUUUGCCUCUUACGAGGCCUUGCGGGGAAUCAUCACGCCUCCCGGCAAGACAAGUGUAGUGCGCAAGCUGACGUGUGGCGCAUUGGCAGGCUCGAUAUCGCAGACCCUGACGUACCCUUUCGAUGUCGUUCGAAGGAAGAUGCAGGUCACGGGGAUGCCGUCCGCGACCAAAUAUAAUGGGGCUGUCGACGCGUUUAUUACCAUCGCCCGGACCGAGGGCCUGAAGGGGCUGUACAGAGGGCUCUGGCCUAAUCUGCUCAAGGUCGCACCGAGCAUCGCAACGUCAUUUUUCACGUAUGAGCUCGUGAAGGAGUUUCUCGGUGCAGCAUAGGCGUGCUGGCCAGAACGAAGGGUGGACACGAUUCUUGUGUUAUAGAUGGACAUUCAAACCGGACCAGAGUUAUACAUUAGCACGGAACAGCAUAGUACAUAGAUCAUGUCGGAUACCGAAUCUCAAGGCCAUCUGAUGCAGUGGGGUAUUCUGAUUCGAGGCAC